AUUGCUAAAUUCGUUAUCUUCAAGGAUAUGUGAUAAUUUAAAAAUACAAGUUUACAUUAUUUUAAUAUUGAAACGCUGACGUCAUAUAGCAAUCAUUCUAUUGUGAAAAUGUCUCGUCGAAUACGAACUAUUGUGCAGUAAUCAAAUCAAAGGUGUCAAAUUUGAACCAAAUUAUACUGCGCACUGUUAUCAGAAAGUUCAUUUUAAACUAAAAGAACAUAUGGUAAAAAUGGCAACUGUACAAAAUUUGGACAAUAAUAGAACGAUACCUUUGAUAGAACGUGAUAGCAUGAACAAUGAAGUAUCAUCUACAUCCAGUGAUGAUUGUCAAACACAAACAAAUGCCAUAGUGCAGUUCAAUAACUUCUAUAAAGCUAGAUAUAAAGAAUCGACAUCUGACAAUGAAGUCACAGAGCAGCGUAAAUCAAAUAUGCAAAGAAAUCAUUAUAAAUCUAUGGGUAAUAUAAAUGAAAAUUAUUCAAGAGAUUUUAAUAGAAAUGUACAAAAUAGUAUAAGUAAUAUAGAUUUAAGUUUACACAGCGAUGAAAUUAAAAAAUUUGAAUCAUUACAAAUACCAAUUGUAGGUUAUGAAGUAAUGGAAGAAAGAGCUAGGUUCACUAUAUAUAAAUUAAAAGUAGAAGACGAUAAAAGGGAUCAAUCUUGGUUAGUAUUUCGUAGGUAUACUGAUUUUGUAAGAUUAUAUACAAGGAUAAAAUCUGAAUUACCAAACGUAAUGCUUCCUUUACCUGGCAAAAGAUGGUUCCGUGAUAACUUCGAACCGGCAUUCUUAGAAGAGCGUGUUAGAGGUUUACAAGUGUUUGUGAAUGCGGUACUUUUAAAACUACCCAAUCAUCCAGUGGUGAGGGAAUUUUUCUGUUUAGAUGAACCACCACAAGUUUUUACAUAUCAACCUGAAGUUCAAGCUGUGUAUGGUGCUUUGGAGGACUCCAUAACAACUUUAAAGGUCCAAUUAAAGCAAAAGGAUGCGACUAUAAUGCAUCUGCAAAGACAAUUAGCGCAAUUCGAAUUGAAAUCAAAGAAUUGUCCAAAUUGUAGUAAAUCUUGAAUUAACGGUGAAUCUGUUAUAAUACCUGUUAUAUUGCCGUCCCUCUUAUUCUGCUUAAAAGAAACAGACAGCAAUAUUCAGCAAAUGUCACUGCAAUGGAUCUAUGAGAUUCUGGUUUUACCUAUAGGUAAUUCAUGCAUGAAAUAUUCGUUAUCUUUAUUAAUUUGCAGUGUGUUUAGGUCUUU